AUGAAUGUCUUACAAAUUUCUGCCAUUUGCGUUACACUCUGGUGUUUUACGGACUCAGCAGCCCUGCAGAAAACGGACUCGGAUUUCUGGGUGGAUCCAGAGGAUUGCUCCAAAUUUUACAUCCUCAGAGAUGGCAAGGAAUUUCUGUUCAAGUGUCCAGAAGAUUAUGUAAUAAACUCUGCCACCCGAUUGUGUGUCCCAAAGGGAUCAACCCAAGACACAUGUUUAAAAACACUCCAAAAAACGCAAGGAGUAUGUUCCUUGACAUCUCACGAGAAAUUAGCAAAUGCUGAGAAUUGUGCCAAAUAUUACGAUUGUGACACGAAAGUGUCAUCUGUAGGAGAGGCAGAAGUCAAGGAAUGUCCUUAUCCACUUCUGUUUGAUGAGAAUUCUCAGAGAUGCCAUCAUUACAGCACAGUUCAGUGUGGAACUCGAUAUGAACCCAAGGACGCAUGUGAAUAUGAAGAAAAUCAGUGCAAAUCAGCCCACUGUAUUCCAUGUUACAUGCGUUUUCCCAGCUGUAAAGGGUCACCAGAUGGGUUAAAUCCAUGGAAAGGUAAAGAGGGGUCCCCAGAAUUUGUCGUGUGCAAGGACGAAAGGGUGGUUUUCCAAGGAGGAUGUCAACGCAAUUCCGAUGUAAAACAAAGAAUAUUUAGUCCGAAGUACAAAAUAUGUGUUGACUUGUAA